AUGGAUCACUUAGCGGCCGUGCCGGACUCCAUCAAUGGAGAAGGAACAUCACAGUCGUUUGUGGAUCGUGUGUUUAGACAACAUGGAUUGCCUGUGGCAAUCGUCUUGGAUAGAGACCCCGUUUUACGGUCCGAUGGUCAGACUGAACGCGUCAACCGCGUUAUUGGCGAUAUGCUUCGGAGUGUUUGUGCUGAAACACCCAAUCAAUUGAGCGCGAUACUUCCUCUGGUGGAGGUUGCGUUGAACAACGCGGUGCAUGCCUUGACAGGCUUCACUCCAUUAUAUGGGAAUGGUUUGGUCAGCUCUCGUGUUCCAUAA